AUGUUAGCCCAGUACGUGGACCGAAACCACAAAAACUGGGACGAGCGACUAAUAGAGAUACAAUUUGCGUUUAAUACCGCCCGUCACGAGGCAACCGGAUACAUCCCGGCGUAUCUAAAUUUCGGCCGAGAAUUACUGUCGCCCGCCAACGCUCGCGACGUACCGAUGGGAUCAGCGCCGCCACCCGACACCACACGCCGACACCUCGAGAAGGCCCAGGAAGUAGUCCGGAUAAACCUGGCCUGCGCAUUUCAGCGCCAGCAAAAAUAUUUUAAUUUACGGAGACGACCGUGGAAACCGAAAAUAGGGGAAUGUGUAUAUAAACGCGAGUACCCGCUCUCUAAUAAAGCCGCCGCGUUUAAUGCUAAAUUGGCGAAGAAAUUCGUAGGCCCGCUCGAGGUGCGCCGUGUGAUAUCCCCGGUUAUUGUCGACCUGCGCAGCCGUAACGGACGCUGGUACCGGCACAUUCAUGUGCAAGACUUAAAACCGGCCUCAAACGCGUCACCAACAGAGACCGAAGCCGAUACCGACAAUGACGACAGCGAAGGGGAAGCUGAUGGGGAGAGCGACACAAACAACAAUAACAGCAAUGACACCCAGCAAUAG